AUGGAGGAACUUAAAGCAUCACCAUUUCCAUUUAGCAUGCAACUGGAUGAAAGCACAGAUGUCUCUCAGUGUGCCCAGCUUCUUGUAUAUGUUCGUUAUAUGCACGCUGAUGCAAUUAAAGAAGAAUUCCUAUUUUGCGAGCCUCUCUCAGAAACUACAAAGGCUGCAGACGUAUUAGAGAUGGUGAACAAUUUCUUUGCCAAACAAGACUUCAAUUGGAAGAGAAAUAUUGGUAGUUUGUGUACUGACGGAGCGCCCGCAAUGCUUGGAAAAACCUCAGGGUUUGCUUCGUUGGUAAAGAAAGAAGCUCCUCACAUCAUUGUGACUCAUUGCUUUCUACAUCGACAUGCAUUGGCAUCAAAAACUCUAUCACCAGCUUUAAAAGAAAUUUUGUCUGUUUCUGUAAAGAUCGUCAACUUUGUCAGAGCUCGAGCUUUAAACAAUCGUAUAUUCAAAAGACUUUGCCAAGAAAUGGGUGCAAAACAUGAAGUACUUUUGUACCACACUGAAGUUCGCUGGCUUUCGAGAGGUCAAGUUUUGAAGCGUUUGAUGGAACUGAGAAAGGAAGUUUCAUUCUUCUUACGAGAAAAACAAAAUCCUCUAUCAGUGCAAUUUGACAGAAAGGAGUUUCUUUAUGGCUUAGCUUACUUGGCAGAUAUUUUCGGUCAUUUGAAUGAAGUAAAUCUGUCAUUUCAAGGACCAGAUGUAACGAUUAUGGACGUUACAGAAAGACUGCAGGCUUUUCAAGCAAAGCUUCCUUUGUGGAAAAGAAGACUUGAAACAGACAAAUUUGCCAACUUCCCAAUGCUGGAGGAAGUGAUCUCUCAAACUCGAAUCGAUAAUACUGAAGCCCUGCUUUCCUCUCUACGUGGAAAUAUGUGCGAAAAUUUAGACAGAUUGCAGCAAUCUUUUGAAAGUUAUUGCUCACAUGAUCCGAAUUUUGAAUUGUGGAUUCGCAACCCAUUUCUUGCAGAUCUAAAUUCUAUUGGUGAGGACGAUCUUGCCAAAGAUGACCUCAUUGAGUUGAGGACAAUGCAAAUGCUAAGGAGCGAAUUCAAUUCAAAGAACCUUGCAGAAUUCUGGUGUUCCUUGGCACAAGCGUAUCCUCGCCUGGUGAAGAGAGCCAUGGUUGCUCUUAUUCCUUUUGCUACUACCUACCUCUGUGAGGCAGGGUUUUCUGCUCUUCUUGCUAUCAAAACGAAACAGCGAAAUCGGUUGGAUGCUAAGGAUAACAUGCGUGUGGCCCAGGCAAAAACCGUCCCACAAUUUCGUGUUCUUGUUGAAGAUAAGCAGGAGCAACCUUCGCAUUGA